UGCUGCCAGCGGAAAAUGGCUGCUGCAACCUCAAGCCUAUCCUGAUACACCGAAACGACAUCAAGGUGGAGAGAGAGAGCGAGAGGAAGAGAGAGAGAAAGAGAUAAAAAGAUUAGGAAAAUGAGAGCAGAUACAGAGAGAGAAUGUGAGUGAGCCUGUGAGUGUUUCCUGAAAGGAGGAUAAAAAGAGAGAGAGAGAGGAGACCCUGGGGUGGGCUGCUGCAAGCGGCGGGCAACACCGAGCCAUGGAGGGCGAUGUGCGUGUUCGUGCAGUGGUGAUGACACGUGAUGACUCCAGUGGCGGUUGGGUGCCCCUUGGAGGUGGCGGCCUCAGUCAUGUGGUCAUAUGUAAAGGGCGGAGUCAUGACGGCAGGGGGCGGAGAGAAUACAUCAUACAUGGAGAGCGGCUGCGAGAUCGAGCACCAGUGUUGGAGUGUGCUGUGCAAAGGGGGUUAGUGUACAACAAGGUGAACCCCAUCUUUCAUCACUGGCGAGUAGAAGAUCGAAAGUUUGGCCUUACCUUCCAGAGUCCUGCCGAUGCCAUCUCCUUUGAGAAAGGGCUGCAGACUGUCAUAGACAAGCUUGACAGAGGCUCUGACUCUCCCUCGUCCUCCACACCAGAAGAGGCUGACACAGAGGAUGAUGGACAAGCUUCCCAUACAGGAAGUGAGUCGUCAUCCAACAGCAGAAAGGAGAUGCUUCCCAAACCCAUCACCAUAGUGACGAGUGAGUCUUCGUCUACUUGUUUUGUGCGGCCAGAGGAGUUUAGUUUUGGAUCCAGCCAUGCUGUCACCACUCAGACACCUGCUCAGAUCCACACCAGGCCGGGACAGCACCAGCUCUCACAAAUGACGGCUGUGUUGAAUCCGCCAGCGCCCCCACCCCCACCUCCUGCUCCACCUACUCCUCCUGUGGGUCCCCCAGCCUCAUCUCCUCUGUCCCCCCUCUCACCCACCAUUUCUCUGCUUGAGGAGGGAGACCUACGCAUUGUGGACCCUUGCAAAGACCUGUGGGGUUCUCGAGGUUAUGAGGACUACCGAAGGGCAGGGGCCACCAGGACUAUGGUUGGGGGGCUGACUGGGGGUGUGGUUGUCGGUGGUGGGGGGAGUCUGCAGGACAAGUCAGAGCUGUGCGUGGUACGCUUUGAGAAAGAGCUCGCAGGGGUGGGGACGGCAGGCUGCGACGUGACAGUGAGCUUGGACAGUAAAGCUGCCCAGCGGUUGUCCUCAUCGUCACCCACCUGUAUGUCCAUGCCCAACGCUGUGUCAGGCGUGUCCUCAGGUGCCGGCUCACCCCAGGAGACAGGCAAAGGCUCGCCCUCUCCCUGCUGCAUCCACACCUCAUUGGCCACGCCCCGGUCGCGGACUCGUAAGAGAGGAGGAGGGGCCAGCAGCGGCGGCGACCCUGGGGUAAUCUCCCCCGACGACGACAGCCCGUGUCCUCAGGCUUCAUCGUCAUGCUCAUCACGUUGUGUGUACUGCCGUUCUGUUUUCAGCGCUUCAGAAAAUGGGCGGGGCCGCUGCAGAGAUGCCCCUGACCCGGCCCUGCACUGCCUGCGCCAGUGGACCUGUGUGUGGUGUGCAGAAAGUCUGCUCUACCACUGCAUGUCGGACUCUGAGGGAGAGUUCUGGGAGCCUUGCUCAUGUGAUGACUCGAUGGGGGGCCACCCGCACCCCCUUUGCUGUGCCCGCUGGUUGGCCCUCCUGGCCCUGUCGCUCUUCGUGCCCUGCAUGUGCUGCUACCUGCCUUUGCGCGCCUGCCUGCGGUGUGGAGAGAGGUGUGGCUGCUGUGGGGGAAAGCACAAGGCAGUCCGAUGAGGCCAGGCUAGGGGGUGGGAGGGGUUC